AUCUUUAUAUAUAUAUAUAUAUCCAAUCAUGACUUCACGUCCAGAGUUCGGGGUAUCUUCUUCAAGAUUCUCAUCAAAAGGACAACAAAAGGGACAUCGUCUUGGAUCUACUCAUGCCAAUAAUACUUCACUCAAACAAUAUGGACUUCCUUCACAGUCAACUGAUGCUCCUACCAAUAUAGAUCAACGAUUCGAAGAUAUUCAAGCACUUGAUGACCUGGAAAGCAAGUUUGGUUUUGAUCGAUACGAAGGUGGACCUGAAAGACUUGGUUGGCUCAUUAAUAUGCAUACUACACUCAUUAUGGAUGACAAUUGGAGUGGUGGAUAUGCUGGGGUGAAUUAUUACUUCAUUGCUGAAAAUGGACAAACCUUCAAAACAACACUACGAUAUAGUCCAUACUUUUAUAUUGGAUGCAAGAAUGGGACUGAAACUGAAGUAGAAGACUAUUUACGCCGACGAUUCGAAGAUACAAUUGAAAAGAUGACAAGAUUAGAGAAGGAUGAUCUUAAAAUGCAAAAUCAUCUUAUUGGCAAUACACGAAUGUUGAUCAAACUAAGUUUCCGCAAUGUUUCUGAUCUAUUAUCUGUACGGAAGGUCUUGCUCCCUAUAGCCAAAAAGAAUCAACGAAAAUUAGAAGCCGUCGAUACAUAUGCAGAUGUUGUCAAUGAAACCAACAAUGUAUCCUAUGAACCAGAAUAUUCAUCUGCCAUGUCAUCACGGAAGAAUCCACAAGAAGCUUUAGACAAUAUUAUUGAUAUUCGCGAAUUUGAUAUACCUUAUUAUGUACGUGUGGCUAUUGAUUUGGAUAUUCGAGUGGGCCUUUGGUAUACUGCAAAAGUCUAUUCUGAUGGAUCAGCUACUCUCAAACGAAGAGAGGAUCUUGUACAUCGACCUGAUCCUGUCGUCUUUGCCUUUGAUAUUGAAACAACAAAACUUCCACUCAAAUUUCCAGAUGCGACUAUUGAUUCUAUCAUGAUGAUAUCUUAUAUGAUCGAAGGACGGGGUUAUCUUAUCACUAAUCGAGAAAUCGUCAGUCAAGAUAUCGAAGAUUUUGAAUAUACACCAAAACCAGAAUUUGAAGGACCUUUUACGAUCUUCAAUGAAGCCGAUGAGCCUGCAGUAUUACGACGAUUUUUUGAACAUAUUCAAGAAGCAAAACCAACCAUCUUUGUGACUUAUAACGGUGAUUUCUUUGAUUGGCCAUUUGUGGAAGCUAGAGCAAAAGUACAUGGAAUGGACAUGUACCAGGAAAUUGGGGUAUACAAGGAUGAAGAAGAUGAAUACAAAUGUAAACAUGCCUCUCAUAUGGACGCCUUUCGAUGGGUGAAACGUGAUUCUUAUUUACCGCAAGGAAGUCAAGGCCUUAAAGCUGUCACUACUGCAAAACUUGGAUACAAUCCCAUGGAAUUGGAUCCUGAAGAUAUGACAAGAUUUGCUUCCGAACAUCCUCAAACUUUGGCUCAAUACUCUGUCUCCGAUGCUGUGGCUACAUUUUAUCUUUAUAUGAAAUAUGUACAUCCAUUCAUCUUCUCUUUAUGUAAUAUUAUUCCUCUUGUUCCCGAUGAAGUGCUUCGAAAGGGUUCUGGUACAUUAUGUGAAUUACUACUAAUGGUUGAAGCUUAUAAGGUCAAUGUGAUCAUGCCAAACAAACAUGUUGAAGAAACAGAUCAAUUUUAUGAAGGUCACAAGGUGGAAAAUCAAACUUAUGUUGGUGGUCAUGUAGAAGCCUUAGAAGCUGGCGUAUUUAGAAGUGAUAUUGCAACUGAUUUCAAAAUGGAUCCUUCUGCUGCUCAACAAUUAAUCGAUCAAUUGGAUGAUGCUCUUAAAUUCACUAUUCAAGUCGAAGAAAAGAAAAAGUUAACAGACGUGGCAAAUUACGAUGAAGUGUACAAUGAAAUCAAGCAACAACUAGAACAAUUACGGGACUCUCCUAUUCGAAAAGAACCACCUCUUAUUUAUCACUUGGAUGUUGCAGCAAUGUAUCCCAACAUUAUUCUCACCAACCGACUUCAACCUGAUGCCAUGAUUGAUGAAUCUAUGUGUGCUACCUGUGAAUUCAAUGUACCUGGAAAACAAUGUGAUCGACGAAUGACAUGGACCUGGCGUGGCGAAUACUCACCAGCGAAACGAAAUGAAUAUAGAAUGAUUGAGCAUCAACUUAGCAUCGAAACUUUUCCACCAAAAAUACCCAACGGUGCUCCUAGAACAUGGCACUCUCUGACUGAUACCGAACGACAGUCAUUGAUCAACAAACGACUGAACGAAUAUGCAAAGAAGGUUUAUAAAAAGGUACGGGAAACCAAGACUGAAGAACGAGAAUCCAUCAUUUGUCAAAGGGAAAAUCCAUUCUACAUUGAAACUGUACGUGCAUUCCGUGAUCGACGAUAUGAAUACAAAGGUUUACAUAAGGUGUGGAAACAAAAUCUUGACAAAGCAAAUGCUGAAGGAUCUAUUACCAAGGUGGCAGAAGCAAAGAAUAUGAUUGUUUUAUAUGAUUCUCUACAAUUGGCUCACAAGUGUAUUCUGAAUUCUUUUUAUGGCUACGUAAUGCGAAAAGGGGCACGAUGGCACUCCUUAGAAAUGGCGGGUAUCGUAUGUCUUACUGGCUCCAAGAUUAUUCAAAUGGCUAGGCAACUAGUAGAACGUAUUGGUCGACCUCUGGAAUUGGAUACGGAUGGUAUCUGGUGUAUUCUACCCGAAAGCUUCCCGGAAACAUUUACAUUUACUCUCCACAAUGGCAAGAAAUUUCGAAUCGAUUAUCCCUGUACGAUGUUAAAUCAUUUGGUUCAUGCUCAAUUCACAAAUCACCAAUAUCAAACAUUAGUCAAUAGUGAAACUAUGGAAUACAAGACUCACAGUGAAAAUUCGAUUUUCUUUGAAAUUGAUGGUCCUUAUCGUGCAAUGAUUCUACCUUCAUCAACUAUGGAAGACAAAUUACUCAAGAAACGAUAUGCAGUAUUCAACAAGGAUGGAUCACUAGCUGAACUCAAAGGGUUCGAAGUCAAACGUCGUGGUGAAUUGAAACUUAUCAAAAUUUUCCAAUCGGAUCUUUUCAAGGUGUUUCUAGAUGGUAACUCUUUGGAAGAAUGUUAUCAAGCUGUGGCAAAGGUGGCAAAUCAAUGGUUGGAUAUUCUUUAUAGCAAGGGUAUUGAAUUACAGGACGAUGAACUUUUUGAACUGAUUUCAGAAAAUAGAAGUAUGUCGAAAACACUUGAUGAAUAUGGCUCUCAAAAAUCAACAUCUAUCAGUACUGCCAAACGAUUAGCUGAAUUCUUGGGUGAUCAAAUGGUCAAGGAUAAAGGUUUAGCGUGUAAAUUUGUCAUUUCUGCUCGGCCUUACGAUUUACCAGUAUCUGAACGUGCAAUUCCUGUAGCCAUCUUCUCUGCUGAGCUUAGUGUCAAGAAGCAUUAUUUACGAAAAUGGUUGAAAGAUGAUUCUCUUAUGACAUUCGACAUCCGUGAUAUUUUGGAUUGGCAAUAUUAUUUGGAACGAUUUGGUUCUGUCAUUCAAAAAUUAAUCACCAUCCCUGCUGCUAUGCAAAAAGUACGAAAUCCUGUUCCUCGUGUGGCUCAUCCUGAUUGGUUAUUCAAACGUAUCUCUGCUAAAGAUGACAAGAUGAAACAACACCGCAUUACUGAUAUGUUUACAACACGGUUACCUUCUAUGGAAGACGAAAAUGACCCGAUGGAUAUUAUAGAUGGGGAUGAUGAUGUGGAGAUGGGUGAUAUUGAAGAACUCAAUAUUGGAAGUGGAUCUAUUGUCAACAAUCACUUUUUACCGAAAACCGCCAAAGUUACCAAGAGAAAACAUAGUGGUCAACGUGGAGACAACAAUGAUAAGAUGGAUAUUGACUCUGAUCCUAACAAUUUGGCCGAAGAAGAUCUACCAGAAAAUAUGCCGGACAUGUUUGAAGACUAUCAAGGAUGGUUGGCCUAUCAAAAGCGCAAAUGGAAGCGACAACGACAAAACAGAGAAAUACGACGGCAACAACUCAGCGAUCGACCAAGUACAACAGAUGGUAAUCUCAGCAGCCUUUUCAGACGACAAACUGGGUCAUUAUUGAUGUGUCCUUGGCAAAUCAUCCAAAUUGCGGAAACAGAUACACCUGGAGAUUUUAAAAUGUGGGUCCUUAUUCAACAACAACUCCGUAGUAUUCGAUUAUCAGUUCCACGUGUAUUCUAUGUCAACAGCUAUGAAGAAGCACCCCAAACCAUCAUCAAUCAAAAUCCAUCCUGCAUCAUCGACAAAUGUGUUCGAACUUUACCUCGUUCUCAUCGAUGUCUCAAUCUCUUCCAAAUGACCAUGUCGGAAACUAUCUUUCAAGACGAACUCAAGAAAUUCUCAACGAUCUUCAACCAUCCAUCCACUGAAGGUGUUUAUGAAACUCAAGUACCUCUCUCUAUCCGUGCCAUGUUACAACUUGGAUCCGUUUGUCAAGUGGAUAAACUCAAGAUUGAUGCUCAUACUCGAUUAGAAGAUGUGUUUAGUUUAGAUUCCUUGAAACCAAGACUGGAUCUUACAUCGGGUUAUUUUGAACAUCCUGAACGAUUCCAUUUUGUAUAUUUUUAUCAUGUUACUUCUGAAAGAAGACAUUUCUUUGCUUUGGUUGGUGCUUCUCUACUUCAAUCUCAUGUUUUUUUGGUGGGUGUGGAUGCCCGUUCAAGACAAAUGCCGAACGUCAACAAACUUUAUUUGGAUAAAUAUCAACAAAUCAUGCCCAACAAUAGCAGCCGCGCAGUACAAGUGAAGGAUUCGAUGGAUUUUGAAACAACCUAUCAUGCAACAGAACGAGAUGCAUUCAAAGCGAUCAACAGGGUAUUGACUCAAAUAGACGAUAUCAAGCAAGGACCUACCAUUCUCGCCAUCAAUUCCCCACGACAAGCCAGUUAUUUGACACAAAAAGUACCUGCAAUCAACUUCUUCCCAUAUGUGACAGUACCAUCUCUUCAGCAAAACAAUCAAUUUGAUGCUCUUAAUUGGCUUAAUCCUGUGUGCAAGCAAAUGUUGGCUCAUUAUAUGCAUCUUGGACCAUGGCUAGAUGAACGAUUUGAUCAAGCCCGUUAUGUCAACGUUCCCUUCUGCAACAUACCCAACGAUCCCUAUUUGUUUAUGGCCGAUAUCUUAUUUGCAAAGCAAUUGAUGAACAACGACAUGGUAUUAUGGUGGUCUUCUGCACCCAAACCAGAUCUCGGUGGAAGGGAAAACGAUGAAAAUAUUUCUGUCGCCAAUGAUCUUGUCAGCAAUGAAAUGAACCAUCCUGGUGCUUAUGAAACGGUAUGCGUGGAAAUGGAUGUUUUACGACUUUGUCUUAACACGGUGAUUAUGGCCCCUGUGAUUAAUGAAGUAGAAGGUACUGUGGCUACUAUUGGAUUUGAUCAAACGAUGCAUACCAUGGAUGAAUACACUAAAGGUGCAGUAAAAUAUAUUUCGACAUUCGGUGAUGCGACAAUCUCCAGCAAAACAUUUGGUGUCCUACGAACAACAGUACAACAGUGGUUCCAAGAAGCGAUGGUGGACAACAAUACUAUGAGCGUGAUGCUUCAAGAUACGUUGUUACGAUGGUUGCUCAGUCCAAGUUCGAAUAUGUAUGAUCCCUGUCUCCAUGGAUUGGUACACAGCAUGAUGAAGAAGGUGUUUAUGCAACUUGUGGCGGAAUUCAGGAGGUUGGGAGCCAAAAUUGUAUUUGCCAAUUUUCGAAGAAUCAUCAUUGCGACAGCGAAGGAAUCCAUGGAAGGUGCUAUCGCUUAUUGGCAAUAUCUCAGUCGAUCUAUCCAACGGAAACAAGUACUUGAGGUGAUGGAAUUAAAACUGGUGAACUAUUGGCAAGUAUUAGUAUGGAUGGAUGAAAUGAAUUAUGGUGGAUUCUUGGCGGAUGGAACACAACAAACUUUAGAAACAAUCUCUCAACAAACGCAUACGGUGACCAUGAAAUGGAAUAUAUGUGAUUAUCUUGCAUCAGCUAUUCAGGAUCAAUUCAAAAUCAAUGUGGCACAAUUUAUUCAACAACUUUACAUUAUCAAGCAACGGUAUCCACGCGAUAUCAAACAUCACAUCAUGCAACAAAAACAGCAACAAGAUGAAGACUUACCAGAUCCAAGAGCUGAGAAGAAAAGACUAUAUAUUCGACAAACAUUAACGCGAGAGGUGUUACAAUGGUUACCUAAACUGAUCAAACGACAAGAACAAGCGCUUGGACAAGAUGAUAAUCCAGAUAUGGUAUUCCCUCAAUUGGCUGGCUCUCAUCUCACACUAACGAAUCCUGCUCUUGAAUUUGUGAAAUCUUUAACAGUCGUACUUUCUCUAGAUCAUCAACUGGAAGACGAUGUACGAUUGUUGAAACGAAAUGCUUUGGAAGUGGUUGGUUCUAUAAGUGAAUUCAGUAACGAGGCCCAAUUCCAGAAUCCUUGUGAAUUUCUCAAAUUGAAUGAAGUGGUAUGUACUUAUUGUGGCUAUACAGAAGAUUUGGACAUUUGUCGUGAUCAUCAUUUAUUUGGACAACAACAACAAAUGGGUAAAAAAUCAUCAGUAUGGCGAUGUCGUGGAUGUAAGGUGGUUUAUGACAAGGGAUUGAUUGAAGAUAGUAUGAUUGCACAAGUGAAUCGAUGGAUGAUGAUGUAUCAACUUCAAGAUCUGAUGUGUCAACGAUGUCACUGGGUCAAACGAGAAAAUCUACUGCGGCAAUGUGACAAAUGUGGUAGUGACUUUGUUGUGGUUCAAAACAAGCAAGAUCUGAUCCGCAAGCUCAAGGUAUUCAAUAACGUUGCCAAGGACCAACAACUGACCUUGCUACUCAAUAUCAUUCAAUGGACUUUGGAUCGUGUAUAGUUUAGUCUUGUAUUAUUUACGUUUAUUAUUAUUAUUAUUAUUUUGUUUGUAUAUAU